GCGCUCUGUCCCCUUCCCGGCGUGCGCCGCGCACCGCUUGCGUCUUCUCCGUUCCCGACACGCGCCGCUUCCCAGAGAGCACCGCGGCGGCGCCCUUCGCAGCGGCCAAGAUGGCGUCCUCCACCCGCUUCAUCCAGCGGCUCCGCAACUGGGCGGCGGGGCGGGACCUGCAAGCCAAGCUGCAGCUUCGCUACACGGAGAUCUCCAAGAGAACUCAACCACCUCCUAAACUUCCACUGGGUCCCAGUCACAAGUUUGCAAAUAACUACUACUGUACUCGUGAUGGACGCAGGGAGUCCUACCCUCCAAUUAUUGUUAUGUCUCCGCAGAAAUCCCUUGCAUCAUGCACUCAAGGUGCCAGCUCAGAAUCUGCAGUAGCAACAACUGAGAAAAAGCCAGUGACACCAGGUCUUCCACUUGAGAAGUGGGAACUAUCGAAAGAUCAACCUUACCUGUGAGCUGGCCAAGUAUGAAGAAAAGGCUGAACGAGAAUGGACUUGAUAGGAUUAACUGAAAAGAAACAGCCUGGCUCGCGAUCCAGUGAUGCGGUUAAUUUCAGUAACUCUGUGUAGAAUUUAUUCUGGAAAAGAGACCAUUUUGCUGGGGCAUGACUGAUUAAACAUAUUUAUCUAAUGUAUA